UUCCGGGAUCUCCCGUCCAUCGCUACUCACUUCAUGCUGUAUGUUGGUUUACGUUCCUAAACGAAUGACAAAGUCCACAAUAUAACAAGCCAUUCAAAAUCAAAAGUGUGAUCGGGUGUAGGCUGACGUAUUAUUUUCAUAAAACCAUCUUGAUUAAAUUUAUGGACGGAGCUGCAUUUCCAGUCGUUGGUGUUGUGAUUGCAGUUCUAUCCAGUUUUGUCAAUGGUUCUACAUUUGUUCUCCAGAAAAAGGGGAUGCUACGAGCCCGCAAAUCAGGUCGGAAUUACCUAACUGACUGUGUGUGGUGGUGUGGUACAUUUGCAAUGAUUGUGGGACAAAUAGGAAAUUUCUUGGCAUAUAAUGCUGCUUCAGCUGUUGUGGUGACACCGCUCGGGGCCCUGGGUGUCCUCUUUGGGGCCGUUCUGGCUGCAUGGGUGCUACAAGAACAUCUGAAUCUCAUUGGGAAACUUGGUUGUGCUUUGUGCUGCUGUGGUUCGGUUGUACUCAUCAUCCAUUCACCCAAGUCCGAGAACAUCACAUCAAGAGCAGAACUAGAGGAGAGACUGAUGGACCCAGUGUUCCUGGUUUAUAUCGCAUUGGUGGUUCUUCUACUGAUAAUUCUGAUCGGCUGGCUGGCUCCAACUCAUGGAAAAUCCAACAUUAUGGUGUACGUGGGCAUCUGUUCUCUCCUUGGGAGUUUUACUGUGCCCAGUAGCAAAGGUCUGGGACUGGCUGCCCAGGAGGCCUUUAGUGGGACGCCUUCAAGUGACAGCAGAGCACUAUUCCUCUUCCUGAGUUUGCUGGGAAUUCUUAUCGUCAGUAUACUGAUCCAGUUUACUUUUAUCAACAAAGCCUUAGAGAAUUUUAGUUCUAGCAUGUUUGAGGCCAUCUACUAUGUGACCUUCACUUCCUGUGUCAUCCUGGCCUCUGCUAUUCUUUUUAAGGAAUGGACAGCACUUGGUAUUGUGGAUUGUUUGGGGAUUCUUUGUGGUUUUAUCACAGUGUCUGUAGGUGUUGCUUUAUUACAUAUCUCUCAAGAAGCUAAACUUGCUUGGAGCCAAACUAAAGCUAAAAAUGAGUAGCUUGUAUUUCAUAUUUUUUAUUAACUGUCAGGAUAUUGAAUAUGAAUAUUAAGAUUAAACCAAGCCAAGUGUUAAUGGGUAUUUAACCUGUGCAGAUCCCAAUGAGGGUUCUUUAUCAGCAUAACAAGGACUAAGUACUUCUUUAGCCUUAGAAAACUUGCACAACAUUUUAUAUACUAGAUUACAUUAACUAUUUUAAAAUGAUAAAUGUCUUUAUUGCUAUU